AUGUCUUCCGCAUGGCAGGCAAUACACGUACUGUAUCUGGAUCUUGCCUUUUAUGCCGGUCUCUGCAUGCGCAGCUCUCCCACUUACGCCACGUUUUGCGAUUUCACUUUCGCUCCGCAUGGCCAAGAGACACUACCGGGCCUGGACUCCCGGCGAGGAACAGGACUAUCCAUCAUGGGUAGCGCGCCAUCUCCAUCUAACCUGGCCGGAGAGGGCUCGGAAAUAUUCGAUCGAGCGCAAACCCAGAACGAAAGAAUCUCUGCGGACCAAAUACCGGCUUCUGGAGAAAGACAUACGACGGCACCGCCGCCCGAUGUGCAAGAAGCUAUCGCGGCUCAGGCGUCGGACCCCCAGGAGACAGGGCCGUGGCCGACGCAAAACUCGCCCUCUAAGGAUGCGGAUGAUGAGGCCACCGACCUCUACAUGCGUCGCCCGUCCGCAGAACCACAGUCAGACCGCACGGUCGACUCAGGGUCCGAUAUUGACCGUCCAGUCCCCAACUAA